AUGGAGAACCCCAGUCGCGUGUAUCUCUUCGGAGACCAGACUGCGGAUUUCGACUCGGGUCUUCGCCGCCUGCUGCAAGCCAAGAAUGACUCGCUGCUGAUAGCCUUCUUUCAGAAGUGUUAUCAUGCCUUGCGAAAGGAAAUCAGCCAGCUGUCGCCAUCUCAGCGACAGCUGUUCCCACGUUUCACGAGUAUCGUGGAUCUCUUGGCCAGAUACAGAGAAUUUGGGCCCAAUCCAGCUCUGGAGAGCGCAUUGACGACAAUCUAUCAGCUGGGAUGCUUCAUUCACCAUUACGGAGAUCUGGGGCACCAGUACCCAUCCAAGUCUGAGACUCUCAUAGUUGGCCUCUGCACCGGUCAACUGGCAUCUGCUGCCGUCAGCUCUUCCAAAACUGUUGGAGAGCUCAUCCCAGUAGGCGUUGAGACUGUUGUCCUAGCCCUCAGACUGGGAACCUGCGUUGUCAAAGUCCGUGAGCUUGUAGAGGAAAACGGACCUUCCCAGAGUUGGUCUGUACUUGUUUUUGGAAUUCGCCAAGAAGAGGCUCAAAAGCUUAUCGAAGGCUUUGGUCGAUCAAAUGCUUUGCCUUGCGUUUCACGGCCGUAUAUCAGUGCUGUGAGCCCCAACGGCCUGACUAUCAGUGGAGCACCUAACGUUCUGGGGAAAUUCAUUGAGACUUCACUAUCAAAAGAGUCAAAGCCCGUGAGAGUUCCAAUCCACGGCCCCUACCACGCAAUGCACCUCUAUGAUGACAGAGACAUCAACCGCAUCCUGAAGUCUUGGCCAAAGGAGAAGUUUGCGAACUAUGUCCCUCAGAUUCCUGUUCUAUCGACUGAGACUGGCAAGCCGUUUGACACCGAGAGCCUGGAGGAUCUUCUGAGACUGUCGCUGGAGGAAAUCUUGCGCCGUCAACUUUGCUGGGACAAGGUUAUCGACUCGUGUGCAUCUGCUUUGAAGUCGCCCACCUCGACAUGCACACUGUAUCCUAUCUCUAGCACCGCAACUCAAAGUCUGUACGGUUCUCUGAAGAAGAUUGGAGUGUCAAAGCUGGAGGUCGACGGAACCAUUGGCGAUGUGAAAAAGGAUCCCGAAGGUGCAAACAGCACUGGCCGUGCCGAGCAGUCUAAAAUUGCGAUUAUCGGUCUGUCUGGAAGAUUCCCCGAAGCUCAAGAUACCGAGGCGUUCUGGGAUCUUUUGUAUAAAGGACUUGAUGUGCAUCGUGAAGUACCUCCUGAGCGUUGGGAUGUCAAGGCUCAUGUCGAUUUGGAAGGGAAUACGAGGAAUACGAGCAAGGUUCCAUACGGAUGCUGGAUCAAUGAACCAGGCCUCUUUGACCCUCGCUUCUUCAACAUGUCCCCGCGUGAGGCACUUCAAGCCGACCCUGCCCAGCGCCUUGCGCUGCUCACUGCUUAUGAGGCAUUCGAAAUGGCCGGUUUCAUCCCCGACAGCACCCCGUCUACACAGAAGAACAGAGUUGGUGUCUUCUACGGAAUGACCAGUGAUGACUACCGUGAAAUCAACAGUGGACAGGACGUCGACACCUACUUCAUUCCUGGCGGUAAUCGUGCUUUCACGCCUGGUCGCAUAAAUUAUUAUUUCAAGUUUAGUGGACCUAGUGUGAGUGUUGACACGGCAUGUUCCUCGAGUCUGGCCGCCAUUCAUGUGGCUUGCAACUCGCUAUGGAGGAAUGAGUGUGACUCUGCUGUCGCCGGUGGUGUCAAUAUUCUGACCAACCCGGACAAUCACGCUGGGCUCGACCGCGGCCACUUCCUUUCGCGCACUGGAAACUGCAACACGUUUGAUGAUAGUGCUGAUGGAUAUUGCCGAGCGGAUGGCAUUGGGUCUAUCAUUUUGAAGCGACUGGAGGACGCCCAGGCAGACAAUGACCCUAUUUACGGCGUCAUUUCUGGGGCUUAUACCAAUCACUCUGCUGAGGCUGUUUCUAUUACCCGGCCUCAUGCUGGUGCUCAGGCAUUUAUCUUCGACAAGCUUCUCAAUGAAAACAAUUACGAUCCGAAGGAAGUCAGCUACAUCGAGAUGCACGGCACUGGAACUCAGGCUGGUGAUGCCGUGGAAAUGAAGUCUGUUCUUGAUAUAUUCGCCCCAGAUUAUCGCCGUGGGCCAAACCAGUCGCUUCAUCUCGGUUCAGCCAAGUCGAACAUUGGCCACGGAGAAUCCGCUUCGGGUGUGUCAGCCUUGGUGAAGGUGUUAAUGAUGAUGCAGAAGAAUAUGAUUCCUCCCCACUGUGGCAUCAAAUCCAAGAUCAAUCACAACUUCCCCACCGACCUUGCGCAGCGGAACGUCCACAUUGCUCUCAAGCCAACUCCUUGGAAUCGCCCUGAUGGUAGUAAACGGAAGACCUUCAUCAAUAAUUUCUCGGCUGCCGGCGGAAACACGGCGCUAUUGAUGGAAGAUGGACCCCUAUACGAGCGCACUGGGAAGGACCCCCGAACUGUAUACCCGGUGGCUGUUUCUGCGCGUUCCCAAUCCGCUCUGAAGAACAACAUCGCUGGUCUGGUUCAAUACAUUGACAAGAACAAAAACUUGUUCACCGUCAACGAGUCUAACCUUCUUGGGGAUCUGUCCUACACGACCACGGCGAGACGUAUCCACCAUCCCUUCCGGGUCACUGCCAUUGGUUCUACCCCGGAAGAAAUUCGCACUUCAUUGAACUCGACCGCAAACCGUGAGAGUUUCUCUCCCGUGUCUGCAGUUGAGCCUGGAAUUGGUUUUGUUUUCACCGGACAAGGCGCUCAGUACACUGGAAUGGGCAAGGAGCUGUUUGAGAACAACUCUCAGUUCCGUGCCAACAUUGAGCACUUGGACCGUAUUGGGCAGAGUCAGGGCUUCCCGUCCAUUAUGCCAUUGAUUGAUGGAAGUGUGCCUAUCGAAGAACUGAGUCCUGUCGUUACCCAAUUGGGAACAACCUGCCUGCAGAUGGCAUUGACCAAGUUCUGGGUCUCUCUGGGUGUGACUCCUACAUUUGUUCUAGGCCACAGUCUGGGUGAAUAUGCCGCACUGAAUGCCUCCGGUAUCCUUACGACCAGCGAUACGAUCUACCUUGCUGGUCGUCGCGCCCAGCUGCUGACUGAGAAAUGCAAGGUGGGAACCCACGCUAUGCUGGCAGUGAAGUCAUCGGUCGCACAGGUCAAACAGUUCCUCGAUGACGAUACCGCAGAGGUUGCUUGCAUUAAUGCACCCAGCGAGACUGUCAUCAGCGGGGCGGUUGCAAAGAUCGACCAGCUUGCAGAGAAGCUUUCUAAUGAGGGCUUCAAGGCUACUAAGCUGAAGGUUCCUUUCGCUUUCCACUCCGCACAAGUGAAACCCAUUCUCGAAAGUCUUGCAGCAAUUGCCAGGGGUGUCACCUUCCAUGAGCCCACCAUUCCCUUCGUCUCCUCCCUUCUGGGUGAUGUUCUUGACGGAGCAAACCCUGAAGUCAUUGGCCCCAACUACUUGACUCGUCACUGCCGGGAGGCUGUCAACUUCCUUGCUGCACUGGAAGCGACCCGUCAUGCUAAACUAAUGAAUGACAAGACAUUAUGGGUAGAGAUUGGAUCACACCCGGUCUGCUCUGGAAUGGUUAAGUCGACAUUCGGCCCCCAGGCGACGACUGUCACAUCCCUUCGUCGCCAGGAAGAUACCUGGAAGGUGCUUUCAAACAGUCUUUCAGCCCUUUACCUGGCCGGCAUUGAUCUCCACUGGAAGGAGUAUCACCAGGACUUUAGCUCCAUGCACGAAGUCCUUGCUCUGCCCGCCUACAAGUGGGACCUCAAGAAUUAUUGGAUUCCCUACACCAAUAACUUCUGCCUUACGAAGGGUGCCCCAGCUACAGCCUCCACUGAGACAGCAGCAGUCACGACUUUCUUGACUAGCUCUGCCCAGAAAGUCUUGGAGACCAGCGGUGACCAGACAUCAGCAACUGUUGUGAUUGAGAACGACAUUGCGGAUCCAGAGUUGAACCGUGUCAUCCAAGGCCACAAGGUUAACGGGGCCGCGCUCUGCCCAUCGUCUCUCUAUGCAGAUAUUGCUCAGACUCUGGGAGAGUUCCUGGUCGAGAAGUACAAGCCCGAAUGGAAGGACCGUGGCUUCAACAUCUGCGACGUGGUAGUUCCCAAGCCUCUCAUUGCAAAGGGUGGCAAGCAGCUGUUCCGUGUCUCUGCCACUGCCAACUGGGCCGAUGAGAGUGCCAAAAUGCAGGUGUGGUCCGUUACUCUCGAGGGCAAGAAGAUGAUCGACCACGCAAGCUGCACGAUCAAAUUCUUUGAUACAAGUGCCGCUGAACUCGAAUGGCAGCGCAGCGCCUACCUCAUCAAGAGAAGCAUUGAGCACCUGAAGGAGAGUACGGAUACUGGCCAGGCUCACCGGAUGAAGCGCGGCAUGGUCUAUAAGCUGUUUAGUGCUCUGGUGGAGUAUGACGAGAACUACAAGUCUAUUCAGGAAGUUAUUCUCGAUAGCGAUCAGCACGAGGCUACUGCGUUGGUCAAGUUCCAGGCACCACCUGGUAACUUCCAUCGUAACCCCUUCUGGAUCGACAGCAUCGGCCACCUGUCUGGUUUCAUCAUGAACGCAAGCGAUGCAACCGAUUCGAAGAAUCUAGUCUACGUCAACCACGGAUGGGACUCUAUGCGCUGCUUGAAGAAGUUUGAUCCUAGCGUCACCUACCGCACUUACGUGCGUAUGCAGCCUUGGCAAAACUCCAUCUACGCUGGUGAUGUAUACCUCUUUGACGGAGAUGACAUCGUUGCCGUUUAUGGGGGUGUACAGUUCCAAGCCUUGUCUAGAAAAAUUCUCGACACGGCUCUACCACCUGCCGGUGGUCCUGCGGCCAAGCCUGCCGCUACUGCUAAACCUAAACCCGCCCCCAUUGACGUUCACAAAUCGCGGGCUCCUCCGGUCAGGAAGUCUUCAGUGCCUUCACCCAAGUCUGCAGGACCCAGUAUCAUCACGAAGGCCCUGAGUAUCCUAGCUGAGGAGGUAGGACUCUCGGCGUCUGAUAUGACUGAUGACCUGAACUUUGCAGAUUAUGGUGUGGACUCUCUGCUUUCUCUUACAGUCACUGGUCGCUACCGCGAAGAGAUUGGACUUGAUCUAGACUCGAACGUUUUUGUGGACCAACCCACAAUCAAGGACUUCAAGCAGUUGCUGGUGCAGAUGAGUCCCCAAGAUAGCAGCAAUGAUGGCUCAAGCAGCGAGCCGGAUUUGUCAUCUGCAGCUUCGUCGACGGAUUUCUCGACCCCCAACUCGAGCGGUCUGCCUACUCCCGCCAAUGAGAAAUCCAUGACGCUUGAUCAGAAUGACAGGAUGAAGCAAAUCUGCACUAUUCUAGCUGAGGAGAUUGGGGUUGAACCAGAAGAACUUCGGGGUGAUGCUAAUCUUGGCGAGAUGGGCCUGGACUCUUUGAUGUCACUUACUGUUCUGGGCAAGAUACGUGAGACCUUGGACCUUGAGCUCUCUGGAGAAUUCUUCAUUGAGAAUCAGACAAUUGGCGAUGUGGAGGUCGCCCUCGACCUGAAGCCCAAGGCUGUUGCUUCUGAGCCCAUCAGACUGCCCGAAGAAAUUCAGGUGGAGGCUCCGAAGGCUGCUCGCAGCACGAUUCAACACCCGCCUGCAACCUCGAUCCUCCUGCAAGGAAACCCGAAGACCGCGACUCAAAAGUUGUUCCUAUUCCCCGAUGGAUCAGGAUCGGCCACAUCUUAUGCCACGAUCCCUGGCAUCUCCCCGGACGUUUGUGUGUACGGGUUGAACUGCCCGUACAUGCGCACGCCCGAAAAGCUGAAUUUCAGUCUCGAUGAGCUCACAUAUCCAUAUGUGGCUGAGAUCAGGCGCCGGCAGCCUACAGGACCAUACAACUUUGGUGGCUGGUCUGCCGGUGGUAUCUGUGCCUAUGAUGCUGCCCGUCAUCUUAUCUUCGAGGAAGGCGAACGAGUUGAGCGCCUGCUCCUUCUCGACUCUCCUUUCCCAAUUGGUCUGGAGAAGCUUCCUCGCCGCCUGUACAGAUUCUUCGACUCCAUUGGUCUCUUCGGCGAGGGCAAGGCUCCUCCUCCUAAGUGGCUUCUUCCUCACUUCCUAGCCUUCAUCGACUCUUUGGAUGCAUAUAAGGCGGCUCCUUUCCCCUUCGAUGACAUUAAGCAUGCCGAACAGAUCCCCAAGACCUUCUUGGUUUGGGCCAAGGAUGGAGUCUGCAACAAGCCGAAUGACCCACGCCCUGAACCCGCUGAGGAUGGCAGCCCCGACCCACGAGAAAUGCAAUGGCUCCUGAACAACCGGACUAACCUUGGACCCAAUGGGUGGGAUACACUUGUGGGCCAGAAGAACGUCGGAGGCAUUACGGUUAUGGAAGGGGCUAACCACUUCACCAUGACUCAAGGGGAAAAGGCCAAGGAACUGGCGGCAUUCAUGGCAGGAGCCAUGAACUCUUCUUGA